GAGCAUGGUAUCGUGACUGAUUGGAAUGACAUGGAACGUGUAUGGCAAUAUAUUUACAGCAAAGAUCAGUUACAGAUCUUCGCUGAAGAGCAUCCAGUCCUACUAACAGAAGCACCAUUGAAUCCGUUGAAGAAUCGUGAGAAGUCGGCAGAAAUAUUUUUUGAAACGUUCAACGUGCCGGCUUUACAUAUUCAAAUGCAAGCUGUUCUCUCGCUCUAUUCAACUGGCCGUACAACGGGUGUUGUGUUGGAUUCGGGUGACGGUGUCACACACAUUGUUCCUAUCUUCGAGGGUUUCGCUAUUCAACACGGAAUUGAACGGAUGGACGUUGCGGGUCGUGAUGUGACACGUUAUUUGCGUUUGUUGCUUCGUAAAGAAGGUGCUGAUUUUCAUCGAUCCGCUGAGUUCGAGAUUGUUCGGGAAAUCAAAGAGAAAUUAUGUCACUUAGCUGUGAACACAACACGAGAGGAGAACGUCGAUAUUGAAAAAGUGACUCCAUACAAACUACCCGAUGGUUCAGUGCUUGAGAUAGGUGCAGCACGGUUCCGUGCACCCGAAGUUCUGUUCCGUCCUGAGUUGAUUGGUGAAGAAUGGCCGGGUAUUGCAACGGCUUUGAAUGCGUCUAUAAGAAAAUGUGAUAUGGAUCUGAGAAAAGUUCUCUACAGUAAUAUCGUUCUGAGUGGUGGAUCGACGAUGUUAGCUGGAUUUGGUGAUCGACUUUUAGCUGAAGUGGGCUGA